AAGAAUACAUCUUGCCACGUAAUGAGAUACUCUCCUGUCAUAUAACAUCCGCUCCACCAAAAAAAGACUAAAGUUAAUUAGAAGAUUAAGCAACAUAAUUAUUUCCCAAAUAUGUUUAUUAAUAAUAAAACUUUCCUUAAUUGAAUUUUCCUAUUUCCUUUUUUUUUUUUUUCUUUUUCUUUUUCUUUAUCUUAAUGUUCUUUCAACGAGAAAAAAACAGAAGGAAGAACAUACUGUUUAGUUUUUCCUUUUGUGUAUAAAGAGAAAAAAAGGAUAUAUAUAUACACACACUCUGUUCUAUAUUGUCUCUUUCUCUCUCUAAAGAAUUACUGUGUAAUGCAAUUGCAAGACCAAAGGCUCAACCAAGGAAAGAUCAAAACUUUAACAAUGUAUAAUGCAGAUGAUGAGGAAGAAGAGAUCAAUGCUGUUUUACGAAACGACUUCGUUUUCAACAUUGAUGAAAGCUUGCUGAUUGAUCCUCGUCGUGUUCUUGUUCGUAGAUUAAUAGCUGAAGGCUCUUAUUCUCUUGUCUAUGAAGGAGAGUUUGAAUCCAAACCUGUCGCGGUGAAAAUAAUACAGCCAAUGAAAACAUCAGCUGUAAUUCUUGAACACAAGGAGAAAUUUCAGAGGGAGGUUGUACUGCAAUCUAGGAUGAAGCAUGUAAAUGUUGUGAAGUUAAUUGGUGCAUCUGUGGAACCGGCUAUGUUCUUGAUUACUGAACUUCUAAGAGGUGAUACACUACAAAAGUAUUUGUGGAGCAUCCGCCCUAAGCGUUUGGAUCUUAGACUUGCUAUAACCUUUGCUUUGGAUAUAUGUCGAGCUAUGGAGUACUUGCAUGACAAUGGCAUCAUUCAUCGAGAUCUGAAGCCUAGCAAUCUGCUUCUCACAGAUGACAGGAAACAAAUUAAGGUGGCUGACUUCGGGCUCGCCAGAGAGGAGAUAAUGAAUGAAAUGACUUGUGAAGCUGGCACAUACCGAUGGAUGGCUCCUGAGCUAUUCAGCAAAGAAGCACUUCGAAUUGGAAUGAAGAAACACUAUGAUCACAAGGUGGAUGUGUACAGCUUCUCAAUAGUUCUUUGGGAGUUGCUCACAAACAAAGCUCCAUUCAAGGGAAGGGAUAACAUAACAGUCGCAUAUGCUGCUGCAGCCAAUAAUGAAAGGCCUAGCUUGGAAAAUGUUCCAGAGGAAUUAGCCACUCUCUUGCAAUCUUGUUGGUCAGAGGACCCAGCUCUUCGGCCAGAAUUCACAGAGAUAACGAAAUAUCUUACAAAUUUCAUGCACAGCCUUUGGCCUGCAGAGAUGACACCUCCCAUAGUAAUGGAGAUUGGAGAAGAUCUCGAGGACAGUAGCCAUGUGACUAAGAAAUCUGAUGAGAGGAUGAAGAAACGCAAGAGCUCUUCACCAAGUUUCCUUGUAUGUUUUGACAGCUGCUUAUCAGAAUAACAUUGUGGCAAGACAAAGAACAUGUUUUGGCGGUUAUAAGGGCUCCGAUUAGGUUUGAGUUUAAUGUACAUAAUCAAUUGUUUUCCCCUCAAUUGUCACUAGAUAGCUUGGGUAGAAGAUAGGCUGUUUACACAGAACUCAUACAAUAGAAUAACAGAAAAAAAAAGUUGAUUUCUUUUUAGGUCC